AUAAAUACAUCAAUUUUAUUUAAAUCUUACAGCAAUCAUAUGAGACAAAAGCUUUUAUCAUCUGCACUUUAUAUUCGAGGAAUGAAAGUUCUCAGAGGCAACUAAAGACCAAACUCAGGGCUGAGGAGUUCCAAAGCUGAGUUGAGUUGCAAAUGAAUCACCCGAGGACCACCGGAGCUUUCUAGCGACCCUGGCACCAGGGAACGAACCCCUGUGGUUUAAGGGCUCCAACCCACAACCCAAUUCCUUUGGCGGGAAACAGCACCCUCCCAAGGCCCCGCCCCUUCCUGGCCCCGCCCCGUCGUCUCUGGGCCCGGCUCCUGGAGAUGGGCAUUAUUAUUCGGCCUUCUGUGGGGGACCUGGUCCAUCUCGGGUAUCAGCCCCGCCCCUACUCGCCCAGUCUCCGAACGCUCUGCAGCCAAUCGGCACCCGCGGGUCGGUCCCCGCCUUCUCAAGCCCCGCCCCCUACCCUUAUCCCCGGCAGCUUCCGCUAAACGGGCUCAGAGCCACGCGGCACGCCCGGGAGGCUUUCUCUUGGUUGGUAACCGCUACUCCCGGACACCAGACCACCGCCUUCCGUACACAGGGGCCCGCAUCCCACCCUCCCGGACCUAAGAGCCUGGGUCCCCUGGUCCCGGAGCUCCGCUUCCCGGCCCCCCGAUUCUGGCACCCCAGCUCUCAGUGUCCAAGACCCAGGCACCCGGGGUCCCCGCCUCCCGGAUCCAGGCGUCCGGGAUCUGCGCCACCAGAACCUAGCCUUCUGCAGACCUCCGCCAUCUGGGGGCACUCAACCUCCUGGAGCCAAGGGCCCCACGUCCCACCCAGAGAAACUCUUGUAUUCCCAGCUCCUAGGGCCAAGGAACCCAGGCGCUCCGAACUCCCAGCUUUCGGACAUCUGGCACACGGGGCAGAGCAGAGAAGCCUCAGCGCCCAGCCUGGGGAAUUUAAACACUCCAGCUUCCAAGAGCCAAGGAACUUCAGUGCCGUGAACUCACAACUCUAAGGAGCCCUCCAAAGUUCCAGUCUCCAGGUGCUGUUACUCAACUCAGUCCUAGGAACGUCGGGUCCUGGGAAGGAGCCCAAGCGCUCCCAGCCAGCUUCCAGGCGCUAAGAAACCCCGGUGCUUCCCAUCAUGGUGGCCGAUCCUCCUCGUGGAGACUCCAAGGGGCUCGCAGCGGCGGAGCCCACCGCCAACGGGGACCUGGCGCUGGCCUCCAUCGAGAACCAAGGCGCGGCAGCAGGCGGCUACUGCGGUUCCCGGGACCAGGUGCGCCGCUGCCUUCGAGCCAACCUGCUUGUGCUGCUGACAGUGGUGGCCGUGGUGGCCGGCGUGGCGCUGGGACUGGGGGUGUCGGGAGCCGGGGGUGCGCUGGCGUUGGGCCCGGAGCGCUUGAGCGCCUUCGUCUUCCCGGGCGAGCUGCUCCUGCGUCUGCUGCGGAUGAUCAUCUUGCCGCUGGUGGUGUGCAGCUUGAUCGGCGGCGCCGCCAGCCUGGACCCCGGCGCGCUCGGCCGCCUGGGCGCCUGGGCGCUGCUCUUUUUCCUGGUCACCACGCUGCUGGCGUCGGCGCUCGGAGUGGGCUUGGCUCUGGCGCUGCAGCCGGGCGCCGCCUCCGCCGCCAUCAACGCCUCGGUGGGAGCCGCGGGCAGUGCCGAAAAUGCCCCCAGCAAGGAGGUGCUCGAUUCGUUUCUGGAUCUUGCGAGAAAUAUCUUCCCUUCCAACCUGGUGUCAGCAGCCUUUCGCUCAUACUCUACCACCUAUGAAGAGAGGAAUAUCACCGGAACCAGGGUGAAGGUGCCUGUGGGGCAGGAGGUGGAGGGCAUGAACAUCCUGGGCUUGGUAGUGUUUGCCAUCGUCUUUGGUGUGGCUCUGCGGAAGCUGGGGCCUGAAGGGGAGCUGCUUAUCCGCUUCUUCAACUCCUUCAAUGAGGCCACCAUGGUUCUGGUCUCCUGGAUCAUGUGGUACGCCCCUGUGGGCAUCAUGUUCCUGGUGGCCGGCAAGAUCGUGGAGAUGGAGGACGUGGGUUUACUCUUUGCCCGCCUUGGCAAGUACAUUCUGUGCUGCCUGCUGGGCCAUGCCAUCCACGGGCUCCUGGUACUGCCCCUCAUCUACUUCCUCUUCACCCGCAAAAACCCCUACCGCUUCCUGUGGGGCAUCGUGACACCGCUGGCCACUGCCUUUGGGACCUCUUCCAGUUCCGCCACGCUGCCGCUGAUGAUGAAGUGUGUGGAGGAGAAUAAUGGCGUGGCCAAGCACAUCAGCCGUUUCAUCCUGCCCAUCGGCGCCACCGUCAACAUGGACGGUGCCGCGCUCUUCCAGUGCGUGGCCGCAGUGUUCAUUGCACAGCUCAGCCAGCAGUCCUUGGACUUCGUAAAGAUCAUCACCAUCCUGGUCACGGCCACAGCGUCCAGCGUCGGGGCAGCGGGCAUCCCUGCUGGAGGUGUCCUCACUCUGGCCAUCAUCCUCGAAGCAGUCAACCUCCCGGUCGACCAUAUCUCCUUGAUCCUGGCUGUGGACUGGCUAGUCGACCGGUCCUGUACCGUCCUCAAUGUAGAAGGUGACGCUCUGGGGGCAGGACUCCUCCAAAAUUAUGUGGACCGUACGGAGUCGAGAAGCACAGAGCCUGAGUUGAUACAAGUGAAGAGUGAGCUGCCCCUGGAUCCGCUGCCAGUCCCCACUGAGGAAGGAAACCCCCUCCUCAAACACUAUCGGGGGCCCGCAGGGGAUGCCACGGCCGCCUCUGAGGAGUCAGUCAUGUAAACUCCAGCAGGGACCUUCCCUGCCCUGCUGGGGGCGCUCAUUGGACAUUGGAUUAUGAGGACUGGAUAAAUGGAUGAGCUAGGGCUCUGGGGGUCUGCCUGCACACUCUGGGGAGCCAGGGGCCCCAGCCCCCUCCUGGACAGGAGAUCUGGGAUGCCUGGCUGCUGGAGUACAUGUGUUCACGAGGGUUACUCCUCAAAACCCCCAGUUCUCACUCAUGUCCCCAACUCAAGGCUAGAAAACAGCAAGAUGGAGAAAUAAUGUUCUGCUGCGUCCCCACCGUGACCUGCCUGGCCUCCCCUGUCUCGGGGAGCAGGUCACAGGUCACCAUGGAGAAUUCUAGCCCCCACUGGGGGGAUGUUGCAACAUCAUGCUGGUUAUUUUGGCGGCUGUAGUUGUGGGGGGAUGUGUGUGUGUGUGUGUGUGUGUGUGUGUGUGUGUUCUGUGACCUCCUGUCCCCAUGGUAUGUCCCACCCUGUUCCCAGAUCCCCUAUUCCCUCCACAAUAACAGAAACACUCCCAGGGACUCUGGGGCGAGGCUGAGGACAAAUACCUGCUGUCACUCCAGAGGACUUUUUUUAGCAAUAAAAUUGAGUGUCAACUAUUUAA